AUGCGGUUCACAAAUUUCCUUCUCGCAAGUGCUGGCGCUUCCCUUGCUCUGGCUGCUCCUCAUACUACGAGGGCCAAGGGCAAGUUCCUCUUCACUGGUUCCAAUGAGUCUGGUGGUGAGUUUGGUGAGGGUAACCUCCCUGGUACGCUCAACAAGGACUACAUCUGGCCUACCACGAGCUCCAUUGAUACCCUCGCUAGCACUGGUAUGAACACCUUCCGUGUCGGUUUCCGCAUGGAGCGAGUGACUCCCAGUGGCAUCACCGGUGCCAUUGAUGAGGCUUACUUCAAGGGCCUCCAGGACACUGUCAACCACAUCACCAGCAAGGGCCACUAUGCCGUUAUUGACCCUCACAACUACGGCCGCUUCAACGGUAACAUCAUCAAGAGCUCAGACUUCAGCGUCUGGUGGCAAAAGGUAGCCAAGCGCUUCGCCAACAACAAGCUCGUCAUCUUCGACACCAACAACGAGUACCACGACAUGGACAACUCUGUCGUCGCUGCUCUCAACCAGGCCGCCGUCAACGCCAUCCGCAAGGCCGGCGCAACCUCCCAGUACAUCUUCGUCGAGGGCAACGCCUACACCGGAGCUUGGAGCUGGGUUUCCAGCGGCAACGGCGCUGCUAUGAAGGAUCUCAAGGACCCUCAGAACAAGAUCAUCUACGAGAUGCACCAGUACCUCGAUUCCGACUCCUCUGGUACCUCCGAGAAUUGUGUUAGCUCUACCAUUGGUGUUGAGCGCCUCAAGGCUGCUACCCAGUGGCUCAAGGCCAACAAGAAGAAGGGUAUUCUUGGUGAGACUGCUGGCGGAGCUAAUGCCCAGUGCAUUGCUGCGCUUAAGGGCGAGUUGCAGCACUUGCUUGACAACUCUGAUGUCUGGACUGGUUGGUUGUACUGGGCUGCUGGCCCUUGGUGGGGUGACUACAUGUUCAGCAUGGAGCCUACUACUGGUACUGCUUACAAGAAGGUUCUUCCUCAGAUCAAGCAGUUCAUCGGUGCUUAA